UUUGUGCUCCUGAAGACAUCGAGGCGACAGCAGGGAAAAACAGCUGGAUCAGCUAGCGGCUCCGCUGGCUCCUCCAGCCCCUCCACCGGCUCUCUCCUCCGGGUUCCCAGCCUCUCUUCGAUACGCUGGUUCUGAUUCUGAUGAUGAGGUGGAAACAUGGAGGCUCCUGAAUACCUGGACCUGGAUGAGAUCGACUUCUCUGAUGACUCAGUGUAUUCUGUCACAUCACUGAAGAACAUCCCAGAACUGUCCAGAAGGAGCGAUGGCCCGGCAGAAGAGAGACCAGCUCCGGCCAUCAACUGGAGCCGCGGCGUUCCCUCCCACAGCGGGGGGGGCAUCAAACCCACGGGCCUGGCCGAGGUCCACAGCAAGUUCCGUCCGGUGAAGCGGGUCUCCCCCCUGAAGCACCAGCCCGAAACCACGGAGUCGGACUCGGACGGGAAGAGCCAGACCCAGGGUCCGGCACUGGAGCAGAGCGAGGUCGGUAAGGACGAGCCCGGCUCCGAGAAGCAGACCGCCGCCUCCACGCCGUGCGACGGCGGCAAGGCGAAGGUUGGCGGGGUCGGCGGAAACGCUCAGGCUCUGUUCGGGGAGCUGGAGCACUACGACCUGGACAUGGACGAGAUUCUGGACGUGCCGUACAUCAAGUCCAGCCAGCAGAUGUCCACGCUGCCGCGGGUCCCACACGACAGGCGGGCCGCGGCGCCGGGGGGCAGCGCCGGCGGGGGGACGCUGGAGAGGAACCGAGGGAGAGGAGGAGGGAUGAAGAGCUCCACUCUGACCCACAACGAGCCUCUGAGCCUGGGCAGCAGCAGCCAGACGCCGUUCUGCGUUCUGUCUCCGGUGAAGUGGUCGGACCUCAGGAAGUCCAAGUCCAUGGACCCGGACCUCCACCACCUGCACCGCUCCGCGGGAGGAGCCGGCGGUGGCGGCGUCUACCAGGCGGAGCCGCCGCCGCCCGGCCUCCUCAGCUCCUCCUCUCUCUCCUCCUUCUCUGAUGCAGACAAGCUGCUGUCUGCACGCGUCUUCCCGGACCCCCAGAGCCAGCGGUCCGGGGCGGAGCCUCCGGGGGGGCUGGCGUUCCCCCUGGCAGGGUGCAUUAUGGGUAAACCGGACGCCUCCAAAACCUGGACUCCUGGAGGAGCAGCGAGGGGAGAGCUGGACGAGGAGACGAAGAAGAACCAGAACAUCAUCAACAUCGUCAGGGAGGGGCAGAUCUCCCUGCUGCCUCACCUGGCGGCCGACAACCUGGAGCUGAUCCGAGACGAGGACGGGAACAACCUGCUGCACGCCGCCGCCUCUCAGGGUCACGCCGACUGCCUGCAGCAUCUCACCUCCCUGAUGGGCGAAGACGGCCUCAACGAGCGCAACAGCCUGCAGCUCACCCCCGCCGGCCUGGGGGUAAAGAACGGCCAUCUGGAGUGUGUGAGGUGGAUGGUGAGUGAGACGGAGGCCAUCGCUGAGCUGAGCUGCACCAGAGAGCAUCCCAGUUUGAUCCACUAUGCUGCUCGAUACGGACAGGAGAAGGUUCUGCUGUGGCUGCUGCAGUUCAUGCAGGAACAGGCCAUCUCCCUGGACGAAGUGGACCAGAACGGAAACACGGCCGUCCACGUGGCGGCGCAGUACGGACACCUCACCUGUAUCCAGACUCUGGUGGAGUACGGAUCCAACGUGACGAUCCAGAACCAGCAGGGGGAGCGGCCGUCGCAGAGCGCCGAGCGGCAGGGCCACACCACCUGCGCCCGCUACCUGGUGGUGGUGGAGACCUGCAUGUCGCUGGCCUCGCAGGUCGUCAAGCUCACCAAGCAGCUCAACGAGCAAACAGCAGAGAGGAUCAACCUGCAGAAACAUCUGCAGAGGCUGAUGGACCCCAGCAAGACCGAGGGGACGCCCACCAGGUCACCCAGUUCCCAUCAGCCCCUGGGGGAGGCGUGUCCAGAGCUGCUGCUGACGGCCGAGGCGGUGCCUGGCGACGGACACUGGUUGGUCCGGCAGGGGGGCGUGGCUCCGGACUCGGUGCUGCGGCAGCUUCUGGGGAAAGAUGGCGACGGCGUCAGAGAGAGGCCGCAGCCGGGGGCCGGCCUGGGCAGAGACGGCGCCGCGGGGGGCCACAGGACCGGCCUGCUGGAGAGGAGGGAGCUCAAACUGGCCAGACUCAAGCAGAUCAUGCAGCGCUCUCUGAGCGAGUCCGACUCCGAGGGCUACCCGCCGGAGGAGGGGCGGAACCAGGCCGCGCUGCGACCCGAUAGGCCGACCCACCUGCCAGUCACAGAGGAGGAGCCGGCGUCCAACCACCUCCAUCAGGUGAUGAGGAAGCACCUCCCCUCCUCAUCCUCGGCUGAGAGGAAGCUGGCCUUUUCUCUCAGCGGGUCGAAGUCUGUGGACAGCAUCGGCUACACGCCGUCCCCCACGUCCAGCGACCCGGACGCCACGGAAACCAGAACCCCAGAAACCCCCGCCGCCGACGGCCAGAAGGUCGCCACCAGCCCCAAGAGCGCCCUGAAGUCGCCAUCGUCCCGCAGGAAGACCUCCCAGAACCUGAAGCUCCGGGUCACCUUCGACGAGCAGGUCCACAAGAGCUCGUCCAAUCAGGAGCCAGAAACCAGCCGGGCGCCGCCGGGGAAGGACAGGACUGCGGCCGCCGGCUCAGAGGGCAAGAGGUCAUUCGGGACGUUUCGCUCCAUCAUGGAGACGCUGAGCGGGAACUCCAACCACAGCAACAACAACAACAACAGCGGCGGCAGUCCGGUUAAACCGUCAGCCUAUCAGAACUCACCUGGCAGGAAGUCCGUUGCGGGCGGAGCCAAGGGCAAGAGCCGAGUCAGCAACGUCUGACCAGCUGAAAACAGAAGAGGCCUUGAACAUGAGAACCAAUCACAACAUUUAGCUUUUCAUAAAAACUGAUCAACAUGAAAAGAAAGUUAAUUCAGUUCAGAACAAAACGAUGAUAAUAAACGGAUCAUUUUUCUUUUAAAUCAUCCAACUUUAAAGGAAUCCAUGUUAACACUGAUAGAGCUAACACCCUUAGCUAAAUCUGACAACGCUAGCUAGCACCACUAGCUAGCAUCAUCAGCCACUAGCUAGCAUCAUCAGCUAGCAUUAUGAACUAGCACCACUAGGAUCAUCAGCUAGCACCAACAUUUAUCAGAACAGAUUUCUAGUUAAUGUUUGGAUGUUUAAAGAUAAUCAUCUUUAUCAGAUCAAAAUCUUUGGAUCUCUUCGCUCACCGUUACAAAGUUCUGCUCUCCUUUCAGAUCAAUAAUCUGCGUCUCUUUGUUUCACAAUAACCUCUUCAUUUAUGAAGCGGUGAAUCCUGACGGGUCCGAUCCUCGACCCGAUCCUCCAGAAACGGUUCCAGCUUCUUCCUUUUCUGACCCGUCUGUCCAGAGCAAACCGCCACAAACCCAGUUGGUUCUGAUCCAGUUCUGAACAUCUCAGGUGUCACAGGUCCAAAUUCAGAGCUGAUGAUCAGACUUCUGGUUCUGGACGAUCAGAGGAUCCAGACUUUUAGUCUGGAUUUGGACCCCAAACCUUUCUGUGCCUUUAAACCAGCAGGACGUGUAAAACCUGCUGCUGAUCCGUUUCCUGGUGCCGGUCGGGAUUCUGGAUCAGGUGCUGCUGUCUGCUUCUCUUUUUCUAUAUGUUUUUAUUACAAGCUUAGAUCAGUUUCUUCAUGAAUUAAAUCAUUUUGGAGGUUUUUAGUUCCUGGUUGUUAAAUUUUACAUCUUUUCUCUGGGUUUUAAAUUAAAAAUUGUUCAUUUUAAACAGUUUUAUUUUCACGUCUGUUUUGUUUUAAAGGUUCUCAUGUUCUCAGCCUCAAAUCUUCAACCUUUUUAAAGUUUAUAAACUAUUUUUCAGACCCGCCUGUAUCUGAGUCUUCAUACUUCAGAUGUCACUUCUUCUCUUCCAGGAUGGUUUUUUGUUGGUUUUCACUGGGAAACGUUUGAACUGAUUCAUGUUCGUUUCCUGAUCUCCACCACAAACCAAGUAUUUAUGUUUCUGCACACAGUGUUACGGUUUAGAGUUUUUAUUUUUUAAUCAAGCACCAGCACAACUUUAAACAACCCACUGUACAUAUUUGAUUAGUAUUUAAAUUGUUUACGUUGUAUUCCACCUCUUAUUUCUUCAUUAUCUAUGCAGUAUUUUUGGCAUGAGGUAGACGUUAGAUGACGGGGAGGUUUCAAGAAGCACCUUCUACAUUUUAUCUGCAUGAAGUUUGAAGAAAGUUUUCUGCAGCUUGUUGUGAUGAAGCAGGAAAGAAAAGCCUGAUGUUGUUUUUUUGCUCGAUUUUUAAAGUUUCUGUUCAAAGUUCUGAAUGAUCUCCUUCAGUGAGUCCAGUUAGUUUACAUUCAAAAUGCUCAAAUGUUCUCUCACUGGGAGCUUUGCCUGGAUUCCCAGGUUAUUUUUACAGAUCUAGCGCCCCCUGGUGAGAACAGGGGGAUGUGCAUCUCAAGGUAAUGUUGAGUUCAGUUCUGUCUCUGUUUUCCAUUUUGUCUCAUUCACAUCCUGGGUUAAAGGUCAUCGCUGUGAGCUUCUGCUGUGCAGUUUGCUCCUUCAUGACCUCAGCUCCACUUUUAGAGAAUUUCUGUCUGUUUCCAGAAAUUUCUCCUGAUUCUGGUUGGUUUUUAUUUCGGGAUCAAGUUCAGAUAAAAACAUUCCCAGAUAAUCGCAGAAAAACUCCGAACUGUUUGCAAAAAGAAACUUGUUGAAUGUGGGAGUGUGUGGUCGCUGGUCUGUUUCAGACAAACUGAAGUAAACUUUUAUUUCUGGACUUUUA